GUUUCUACGAGCCUGCAGUGAACAGCAGCGCUUCAUACAAAACCAACAAAAGCGCUUAAAAAACGAGUUAAACUACAUAGUCUACUGUUUGUGUGGUUGAUUUUCUGUUUGUUGCGGAAGAAAAUGCGUAACAGAAGCUCCCGGAAUUCUGCUUUGAAUCAGUCCAGUUCUACUGACGUCCAGUCGGGCUGUACCACUGCGACCGGCGGUGUGGGCUGUUUGUCCAAGGCAGCACUGCAAGGUCUGCGGUCUGAAUGCGCUGCGGUGUGGUUCGACCGUGUCGUGUACGAGCGAGCUGAAAGCGCCUACCACGUCCGACUAUUGGAGCGCCAAAAUGGCACGGUGGCUCCUUCCUCCCGAAACCAAGAAACCUGUCACCAUGGAGACCAAGAGGCUUGUCAUCAUGUCGUUCAGGCUGUAUGGGUAAAUAAAUCCAACUUUGACAAAACUGAGAGUCAGUUCCUGGGGCACCAACCCGUUGCUCCAGCAUCACUCCCACUGCAGCCCGGCAGUUCCCAGAUUAUGUGCGAUGAGGGCUAUCAAUCACAAACACCGACUCCUCCCACACCUGCUUCAAAACCUAUCAAUGGCCUUCCUUGCAUGUCAUCACCCCAAAUGGGGGUGUGGCUACAGAAGCCGCUUUAUGAUAGAGCAGAGGCGACUUAUUAUCAGAACCUGUACGGUCGUAACGUGCCACCCGAAAACCCGGAAAGCAACAAUAAACGAUCCAAUUCCAAACGCCGCAACGGUGCUGCCGCUAAGAAAACUAAGCCUGUUGUUCCUGACCAGAGGAAUCGUGAUGAUAUCACCACCACUAAAGGAAAGAGGCGUAAACAAGAUCAUGGUUGCUAUGCGGAGGCGGAGACUCGGUUCAACGAAGGAGCUGCGGCCAGAACCGUCAAAACGUCUAGAAAUCAUUCUAACCAAUCUCAGAAAAUGUCUGCAGUUGACUGUUUUGCGCAGGAGAGGAUCUGGUUCGAUAAGCCGCGUUACGAUGAAGCGGAGCGUCUGUUUUACGAGAGGGUCAACGGACCUACACAGCCCAAACAGGACACUGCUGGAGCUAACAGUAUUCUUCAGGACAUCGCUAGAGCUCGAGAGAACAUUCAGAAAUCUCUCGCUGGGCUGAAGACAACUUUGCAGCCAAGUAGAGGCUCCUCCCAUAUAAAAUCAAACCCCUCCCACAGCUCCUCACCUAGCGGAGGUCCCAGCAAUGCUGAUUAUGGAGAACUUGUAGCCCGAAUGCAGAGUUUGGAAGUAGAGAACCAGAGCCUUCACAAAGUUGUGGAGGAUCUGCGUUCUGCUCUCAGUAAAAUGGAGAGUCGCGUCUCUGCGCUGGAGAAAAGAACCACAACACCUGUCGUUAAUGGAACCGCUGCUGUUCACAAAUCCACUCCACCCUCACAGAAACCUGUGUCUGCACCGGCAAAGGAGGAAGAAGAUGAGGACGAUGAUGACGUUGAUCUGUUCGGCAGUGACGAUGAGGUCGAUGAAGAGGCCGAGAGGCUGAAAGAACAGCGGCUGCAGGAAUACGCAGCUAAAAAGUCCAAAAAACCCGCCCUCAUCGCUAAAUCUUCCAUCCUACUGGACGUUAAACCUUGGGACGAUGAGACGGACAUGGGUAAGCUGGAGGAGUGUGUGCGUUCGGUGCAGGUGGACGGGCUGCUGUGGGGAGCGUCUAAACUCGUUCCUGUCGGUUACGGCAUCAAAAAACUCCAGAUCAACUGCGUCGUGGAGGACGAUAAAGUCGGCACAGACUUCCUAGAGGAGGAAAUCACUAAGUUCGAGGACUACGUUCAAAGUGUGGAUGUUGCAGCUUUCAACAAGAUCUAAAAAACAAACACGCGACCAUCACACACUACUGCUGCUGGUUUAAUAUCAGAUCAUUAGAAACCUCUGGAUAGGUGUUAGUUGUCUUGCGUUUGGUCUUUAUGUAAUCUGCAUUCAUCACACAUUAUUAAAUCAUGACAUCUGCCUCCUCUGUGACCAGAAUUACAAAUGACGUUUGUGCGCCCCGGGUCCAUUUCUUUUAGACUUGCAAUAUGUCCUAACCUGCAGACAUGAUGUGUAAUUUGUGUUGUUGCAUGCUCACAGUCACACUUAUUUUCCUGUAAUGUUUUUUUCAUAUCUUGUCUCAGAAUAAAUGGCUACCUAAAAA